GUCCAUUUUAGUUCAGUACGCCAAAUCGUCAACAACCUAUAAAUUCCUGAUCUGAAUUCAAAACAAAAAUAAUGGACAAAUAUAUAGUAUUUUUCGUACUUUUGCUGAUCUCACACAGAAGUUUGUGUUUUAAUGAGAGACAACAAUCUAUAAUCAAUGAAUAUGGAAAAAUGAUUGAAGCUAAAGAACUGGAAUUGCAAACUCUCGAAUCUCAAAAAACUGAUUUGUUAAGGGAGCUGGAAGAUAUCAAAUCGAAAAAUGCGGAUAUCUUGGAGUCGGAUCGUUUGAGAACUAGUCUUCAAGAAAAAGUAGAACAACUUCGAGUCUGCGAAAGCAACCUCAAAAUUCAGGAAGGAAGUUCAGCAUUCUGGAACACAGUAAAGGAAGUAAUGCAGCCGAAACUGGAGGAAAAAUUAAAAACAUUUGAGUCGCAAAAUGUCAUACCCAAUAUAACCACUUGGGAUACACUAAAGAACAGCACAUGGGAUACAAUAAAAAACAAUUGGAAGGAUAUACCUCGCCAGAUAGUUAUAUUUUUCACCGAGAAUGAAAAACCAUAAAAAUAUAAAAAGAAAACUGUGUCAUCUUGAUUUAAUAAAAACAUUUUUUCUUCCA